GUCACAUCGAAAUAUGGCAACAGCGCCUCCAGCGAAACCUUUAUUUAUAUUCGGAUCCAGAAAUGUUUGUCACAUUUUAAAAACAUUUCCUUUAAAUGAAACACAAUGCUUGUUAACUGGUAUAAGUGAAUAAUACGAAUAUAUGUUCUCAUCUGCGAAGACCUAUUUCAUUGAAAUUUCGAAAAUAGAAAGCAAAAAUUCGGGCUAAAAGAGGAAAUGCCUUAUUCUGCAAAUUUACUCGACAAUGGCUAGUUGUUUGUUUGAUCCUUUUUACUUUAAUUGUUUUAUUCUUGAAUGUCUUCCCCCGAUAUAUUACAGGUCAAAAAUUCUAUAACACGGGACCAAGACAUGUGCACAGACAGCUUAAGGGAGAUGACAAUAUCUCCAAAGAGACACCCAUGCCAAUUAAAGAGAAACCGCAGGAUUUCUGUGAGGUAGUGCAUAUAGGUAUAGUUUGUACCGGUUACAAAUCAUCAUUGUUAUUCCAUAAUCUAUUAAAAUCAAUUCUGUUCCAUCGAGUAAAUCCAAUACAUUUUCAUGUGAUCACCGAUCGUUCUACCGAAAAUGUUUUAAACACAUUAAUGAAUUCAUGGGCUCUGCCUCAAGUGAAUUAUACGUUUUAUGAUAUGGUGGAGUUUGUUGAUGAUGUAAAAUGGGUACCAAACAGCCAUUACUCAGGUAUAUUUGGAAUGUUGAAGCUGGUUUUUCCGAAAAUAGUACCAUUAUCAGUUACUGACAGAAUUUUGAUAUUGGACACUGAUCUUACUGUGGUGGAAGACAUUUAUGAAUUGUGGAGACACUUCGAAAAUUUCGGCGAGUCUCAGGCAAUUGGAAUAGUGGAGAACGAGAGUGAUUUUUAUCUAACUGGGGACGUGUGGCCGGCUUUAAAAAAAGGAUUUAAUUCCGGGGUUCUUCUAUAUAACAUUGAAAAACUGAAACGUACAAAUUGGAUGAAGUUAUGGUCGGAUGUAACGAAAAAAAACGCCCUUAUUCACGGAAGCGCGAAACUGGCAGAUCAGGACGUUAUCAACGCGGUAUUUGUCGAACAUCCUGAAUUGGUUUAUGAAGUGCCUUGCUAUUGGAACACACAACUCAGUGACAGAACCAAAAGUAAAUCCUGUUACAGUGCCAAUAAAGUGAAGAUUAUUCAUUGGAAUUCUCCAAAAAAAUAUUACGUUAAAAAUAGAGACAGGGACUACUUUUUUAGUUUGGCUACAAUAUACAUGGAAUACAACGGCAAUUUACUACGAAAACAAAUUUUAAAAUGUGAUACAGAAAUUAAGAUUUAUGCACCCGAAAUUGACAAUGUUUGUGACGAAUUUCGUAGAGCCUCGGAAGGUAAAUGGAGGACGUUGCUCUUUUUUAUGAAUUAUAAAUAUAAAAAAGAACGAAGUGACAUCACUUUUGUUGCUCAACUGUCUUUUGAAAGACUUUACAUUAUUGAAGAGAUUGCAAACUAUUGGUCAGGACCAAUGAGUUUCACUUUUUAUCUAACAGAUGCGGAACUAAUAAAAACCGUCAGUUUUAUUAAGAAUUCAGACGUUCUGAGUGAAAGAGCAAAUAUUGCCUAUCAUGUAGUUUUUAAAGAUGGUAAUUAUUAUCCUAUUAAUAUUCUACGAAAUAUUGGCCUAAAAAAUGUAAAUACACCGUUCGUUUUCCUUGCUGAUGUGGACUUUGUGCCUGUUCCACGGCUAUGUGAAACUCUCAGAUAUUUUCUCAAAAAUAAAGAACUUAAAAAGGAGGCCUUAAUCAUUCCUGCAUUUGAACUCACAUACUUCACGGACUCGGCGCCUAGAAAUAAGUCCAGAUUGAUCCAAAUGUGGGAAAAUGGUCGAGUGGUACCUUUCUUGGAGAGAAUCUGGCCUGAAGGUCAUUCCCCAACCAAUUUUAAAAAUUGGAAGAUUGCAGAAAAACCCUAUCAAGUGAAAUGGGUACAAAAUUUCGAACCUUACGUGGUGGUUCGGAGCGAUGUAGUACGAUACGAUGAAAGAUUCGUAGGCUUUGGUUGGAAUAAAGUGUCUCAUAUCAUGGAAUUGGAAGCUGCAGAUUACGUUUUCACAGUUUUACCUGACGUUUUUAUCGUUCACAAACCACACAGUCCCAGUUCAGAUAUGACGAGUUUCCGGACGUCACUUCAAUACAGACAGUGCCUACAUUUAUUAAAAGAGGAGUUUAUACAGACUUUAAAUAGGAACUAUUCUAAACAUUUUGAGCUAUAUAAUGGUACGAUUACGUUUCCUUCAGCGAAACGUAGGAAGCGCAACUUCGACACAAUUCCGACCACAGAAGAGACUAAUACCGACUAUCCCUACAUUUUGUAGAAGAAUUUUAAUGCCAAAUUUAUUCAUAAAACGUUUAUAUCAUAUAAGCAAUAAUUUAAGAUGCUGACACCGCCAUUAAAUCUAGUCCUAUUAAGUAUAUCGAAACUUGGACUGAAAAUUUUCAGCAUCUAUUUUUUCACUAGUCUAAGUUGACUUGUUUGCAUUUUUUUACUUUUAAUGUGUUAUUAGUAUAUAGAAUAUUUAAAAGUAUAUUUAUACAAUGUCGAUGUAAGAUUCAAUACAAUACCAAAUAUGUAAUGUAAGUGUGUGAAUAAAAAUUUCCUUAUUGUGAUAAUA